ACCACAGAACGAUGAAAAUUAAGCGGGCAUACUUCUUUGUCUUACUCCGACUGAAGCAGUCUGACGAACACAUUGCAUGUUCAAUAAAUCUUAUUCCGACUUCCCAAGAGGGACGCCGUGGGUUUACGCACUGAGGAACUGGAGACAGUCCAGUGUUCUUACCAGCUAGUUGGCUAGCUGCUAACUUAAGCUCAACUUUACAAACGCUAGCAAGCUAAUAGCUGUUAGCCGAGUUCUCAUCCCUGCGUCAAAUGCUGGACAAACACAGGGGGGUCAGUUGCUACACUUUGUCGGCUUGAACAGGCACGACCGAUGCUCUGACAUCUGUUUUUUUACGGAGUUAAUUUGUGCAUGUAAGUCGAAAGGGCGGCGUGCCUUCCGCGUGAAUGCGUUGAGUUUUGAUGAGUGAACUGAAGACGAAGGAAUAAAAGUGUCAGUCUCAGAUUGCAGUGGGAACCCCAGGCAUCUCCACAUAAUGGCAGAGGACAUAAGACAAAACAAGAAGGCAAACUUCUCCACGCUGACUGAGCACAACAACGGAGUAACAAAAACAAUGGCAUCCAAAACUGGAACGUCAAAGAAGUUGGUCAUAAAAAACUUUAAAGACAGACCCAAACUUACAGACAGCUAUACUGAGGACACCUGGCUGAAGCUGCGAGAUGCUGUGAGUGCCAUUCAGAACAGCACCUCCAUCAAGUACAAUCUAGAGGAACUUUACCAGGCGGUAGAGAACCUGUGUUCCUACAAGGUCUCCCCAAUGUUAUACAAACAGCUGCGGCAGGUGUGUGAGGAGCAUGUUCAAGCACAGAUCCACCAGUUCAGAGAAGAGUCUCUGGACAGCCUGUCCUUCUUAAAGAGGAUGAACAGGUGUUGGCAGGACCACUGCAGGCAAACGAUCAUGAUAAGGAGUAUUUUUCUCUUCUUGGACCGUACGUAUGUUCUGCAGAACUCUCUGCUUCCAUCUAUCUGGGACACUGGGCUGGAACUCUUCCGGACACACAUCGUAAGUGACGGCGCGGUCCAGAGCCGGACGGUGGAUGGAAUCUUGGAGCAGAUCGAACGUGAGCGUAACGGUGAGGCUGUGGACCGCAGUCUGCUCCGGAGCCUACUGGGCAUGCUCUCGGACCUGCAGGUCUAUAAGGAAUGCUUUGAACAGAGAUUUCUAAUGGAAACCAAUCGUUUAUAUGCAGCAGAGGGUCAAAGACUAAUGCAGGAGAGAGACGUACCCGAGUACCUUCAUCAUGUUGCUGGGCGCCUGGAAGAGGAAAAUGACCGUGUCAUCAGCUAUUUGGAUCAGAGCACUCAGAAACCACUCAUCUCCACUGUGGAGAAACAACUAUUGGGGGAGCACAUGACAGCCAUCCUACAGAAAGGUCUGAGCACCCUGUUGGAUGAGAAUCGUGUGACUGAACUGAUGCUGUUGUAUCAACUCUUCAGUAAAGUAAAGGAGGGACUUCCUGUUUUGCUCCAGUUCUGGAGAGAAUACAUUAAGACCUAUGGGUUUGGGAUAGUGGGGAGUCCGGAGAAGGAUAAAGAGAUGGUGCAGGAGUUACUGGACUUCAAGGACAAGAUGGACAACGUGACUCAGCAGUGUUUCCAGAGGAACGAGACUUUCAUUAACGCCAUGAAAGAGGCCUUCGAGAGCUUCAUCAACAAGAGACCCAACAAGCCUGCUGAGCUCAUCGCCAAAUAUGUGGACUCCAAACUGCGUGCUGGGAACAAAGAGGCCACUGAGGAAGAGCUGGAGAGAAUCUUGGACAAGAUCAUGAUCAUCUUCCGUUUCAUUCAUGGUAAGGACGUGUUUGAGGCGUUCUAUAAGAAGGAUCUGGCCAAGAGACUGCUGGUAGGCAAGAGUGCGUCCGUGGAUGCAGAAAAGUCCAUGCUUUCCAAACUCAAGCACGAGUGUGGUGCAGCUUUCACUAGCAAACUGGAAGGCAUGUUUAAAGACAUGGAGCUCUCCAAAGACAUCAUGAUUCAGUUCAAACAGUACAUGCAGAAUCAAAGUGAACCCAGCAGCAUUGAACUGACUGUCAACAUUCUCACCAUGGGCUACUGGCCUUCCUACACUCCCAUGGAGGUUCAUCUCCCCCCUGAGAUGGUGAAGCUGCAGGAGGUGUUUAAGACGUUCUAUCUCGGGAAGCACAGUGGACGUAAGCUCCAGUGGCAGCCCACGCUUGGCCAUGCUGUGCUGAAGACAGAGUUUAAGGAGGGGAAGAAGGAGCUGCAGGUGUCACUGUUUCAAACACUGGUGCUCCUCAUGUUUAAUGAGGGGGAGGAGUUUACAGUGGAGGAGAUCCGCUCCGCUACGGGCAUAGAGGAGGCCGAGCUGCGACGCACACUGCAGUCCCUGGCGUGUGGGAAAGCGCGCGUCCUGAAUAAGAAUCCCCGCGGAAAAGACGUGGAGGACGGAGAUCGUUUCAACUUCAACAACGACUUCAAACAUAAACUGUUCCGUAUUAAAAUUAACCAAAUCCAGAUGAAAGAGACGGUGGAGGAGCAGGUGAGCACUACAGAGCGUGUGUUCCAGGACAGACAGUACCAGAUCGAUGCGGCAGUGGUUCGUAUCAUGAAGAUGAGAAAGACCCUCAGUCACAACCUCCUUGUGUCUGAACUCUACAACCAGCUCAAGUUCCCUGUCAAGCCGGGAGAUCUGAAGAAACGCAUUGAGUCACUCAUCGACCGCGACUACAUGGAACGGGACAAGGAGAGCCCUAAUCAAUACCACUAUGUGGCCUGAGUUCAGUUUAGCACACAGGCCAGUAAGAGCGGUCAGUUCUCAGGCCACCAAACUGCUGAUCCUGGAUCUGCUCUCAGCUCGGGUUCCUUGCCUGCUCCCUCCCAGCCCUCCUCUGACUCAGCCAUCUCCACCUGGGAGUAGCUUGUCAAGACAGCC